UUCGAAUUGAAAACUUGAAAGCGGCUUAUUGCAAAUAGAGACGGGAUUAUUUUAGAAUAAAGUUGCAGGUAUAACGAGCGCAUUCCAAUAUGGCAAGUAUAAGUAUGCUGAAUCCCAAGGCAGAGGUUGCUCGUGCCGCUCAAGCAUUGGCCGUCAACAUGACGGCGGCAAUGGGACUGCAGCGACUGAUGGGUUCCAAUCUGGGGCCAAGGGGCACUACUAAGAUGCUUAUUUCGCCGGCGGGCGACAUUAAGAUCACCAAGGAUGGCAAUGUAUUGCUGCAGGAGAUGAACUUUUGCCAUCCGACGGCAGCGAUGAUUGCAAGAGCCAGCACUGCCCAGGAUGCGGCAACUGGAGAUGGCACCACCUCCACUGUGCUGCUGAUUGGCGAGAUGCUGAAGCAGGCAGAGCUGCUCAUAGCGGAGGGACUGCAUCCCCGCCUGCUCACCGAGGGUAUCAUGCGAGCCAAGGACAAAGCCCUGGAGCUGCUCAGCUCUUUCUGCAUGCCAGUUGAGAUUGAACAGGACAUAUUGCUGGCCCUGACACAGACUAGUCUGAGAACCAAAGUAGAUGUCAGUCUGGCUGACUUACUGGCCAAAAUCUGUGUGGACGCAGUGAUGUGCAUUCGACAAGCUGGACAGCAGCCUUUGGAUCUCAAUAUGAUUGAACUGAUGGUCAUGAUACAUCGAACGACAAUGGACACGCAGUUGGUAGAGGGAAUAGUCCUUGAUCACGGCGGACGUCAUGCCAACAUGCCCACGUCCUUGGAGCACGCCUUCAUACUGACUUGCAACGUGUCGCUGGAGCUGGAGAAGACCUGCGUCGAUUCCGUGCUCUGCUACAAGACCGCGGAGGAGAGAGAGAGGUGUGUGACCGAGGAGCAUCGUUUCAUCGAUCUGCGUGUGGCCAAGAUUAUCGAGCUGAAGCGUAAGCUGUGCCAUGAUAACUCUCGAGGAUUUGUGGUCAUCAAUCAGAAGGGAAUCGAUCUGCCCUCCUUGGAGGCCCUUGCUGGCGAUGGCAUCCUGGCGUUGCGACGUGCCAAGCGUCUCAAUAUGGAGCGUCUCAUGCGGGCUUGCGGCGGAGAAGCAGUCUAUUCUCUGGAGGAUCUAAGAGAGGAGCAGCUAGGCUAUGCGGGUCUGGUGUAUGAGAAACAGCUGGGCGAAACGAAGUAUACUUUUGUUGAGCAGUGUCGCAAUCCCAGCUCGGUAACCAUCUUGAUUCGUGCUCCAUCUGGAUGCCAAGUGGCUACCAUUAAGGAUGCCAUUCGCGAUGGCCUUCAUGCUAUUCAAAAUACCUUCAACGAUGGUUGCCUUGUUCCCGGCGCUGGAGCCUUUGAAUUGUUCGCCUUCAAUGAGCUGACCAAGUUCAAGUAUUCGGUGAAGCGAAAACCACAAUUGGGUGUUCAGCUCUUUGCCAACUCGCUGCUCGUUAUAUCCAAAACGUUGGCCAUCAAUAGCGGCUUCGAUGUCCAGGACACCAUUGUCAAGUUGACCACGGCUGCCAGAGAGCGGGAGCAACUGGUUGGACUGAAUCUAGCCACGGGCGAGACAAUGGAUCCCACAGUGGAUCGUGUCUUCGAUAACUACUGCGUGAAGAAACAGAUGCUAAACUCAUGUUCCAUCAUCGCCUGCAAUUUGCUGCUGACCGAUGAAAUUAUGCAAGCGGGUAUGACGAGUCUUAAAUGUUAGUUUUGAAUACCGUAAAGAUUAUAUUACAAACUUAAUAAAGCCAAAA